AAUUAACUAAUCCUUUUUCUAAUACACAUGAUCGGACAUGGGGAUACUGUACACCGUCCGAUCGGUGGCGUCGACGUGAUGAGAUAUCACGGGAAGAGGGUGGCCCUCCGGUGGGUCUCGGAUGCAGAAACCAAUGGCGGAGGGCUCGUGAGGCCGAGACGUGGUUCCCUCUAUUCCACGAGUCACCGCCCGAGCUUUGACGGUUUCGCACUCUUCGUCAGCUUCCUUGUGAUCUCAAAUAAAAUCUGCUCUGUGGAUUGACCAUCUCAUUAAACAGAUCUCGCCAGGCCAUGUCAACCAUUAGCUGUGGCUGACGGUGCACCAACAUACUUUUCAAACACGUAUGGUGUUCAUGCAUGACGCCACCGUCUUCGUCUUGCUCGUUCUCGUUGCCUUCAGACCCAAUGAAGCUAGUUGCGACACGCUGCUUGACAGAGACGGGGUGAACUGCAAGGUCCCAUGGCAUCCGAAUCACGAGGAAGAGGAAGGGUUCGGAUGUGCGCCACCUCGUCUCGUCCUAUCUAAUUAUUUACAGCGAAAGAAACAGGGAUUGAUUUGGGUAUAAUAGUCAACGCAUGUUUCUUGAACCGGGGGAUUAUCGAGCGUGGACUUCACCGCAUCGUUCCAAGUCUUCCCUUUUGGCUCUCUCGUACACCAACACCGUUAUUUCAUACGGGGGAGGACGGGAGGGGGCUCAACGUUCUUCCGUUGACCAGCGUUCUCAACACGAUCUUAGAUGUCGAUUUGGUGUCGCUUAUGGCUCUCUUUUAAGAUCUUAUGACCAAAACAUUUGUUACCCUUCUUGUUGUCCACCUGAAAAGGGCAGUUGCCUGAUCUGAAUCCACUGUAGAUGGGCAUACGCUAAGAAGAGGAUGGAGGGGAGAUAGGAACAGAAGAAGGAAGGAAAGAGAUGGAGGCCUCCAACCUGGAGAGCAAUCAGAAAAGUGCAUGAGAGAGGAUGGGGGUUUGGGAGGCAUCAUCUUUGUCUUGCUUCUCUCUGUGAGUUGUUGGAGUCACAGAACAACCAUGGCGAGGCUGGUGAGAUGCCCCAAAUGCCAUAAGCUUCUCGUGGAGUAUCCUAAUGUUCCCGUAUACCAGUGUGGGGGAUGUGGAAUCGCACUUCGUGCAAAGAAUCAAGAUGACACAGCAGAAAAUGCCGCCCCAGGAUCGCCCCAAGUCGACCAUCCUGAGAGUCAAUCAGAUCAUGGUUUCUCAGAUUCCGGAUCGGCCUCUUCGGUCGUCAGAGCAACAACCCCUGCAACCAUGCAUGACCUCGAAGACGAUCGCCGUGGCAAAGGAAUCGAAGGCGGCGACUCUGAUGCCGGUGGAGCUUCUUCUAGCAGAGUCGAAGACGAGAACGAGCAAGUCGAGAACACUCCGAAGCCCGAUUUAGCCAGUGAAGUGGAGCGAUCUUCUCGCUCUGUUGGCCACAGCAGUGCCUCGGAGGAAGAAGACAUGGCUGGCACGGCUCGAGAUGAAGGAAUCUACGAUGCUCUCAAGUCUCCGGCUACGAUGAGCUCCCCUGCGUACGAUGGCAGUGUCUCAUCUUCAGAUGAUGGACGCAGUGCUCGUCAUCUGGCUAUGUCUCGAAGAACUUUUAAGGCCGCCUCUGCCGAGGCCAACCUCGAAUCCAGGUAUCUCGCACCCAAUCCAUCAAAUGAGAGGAACAGCUCGCGUACGAUGCGAAGCUUUGACGCCAUCGGAGAUGGCAGCUCUUCCAGAUGCGGCAGCGAUGAAGUUGGAGGGAUGUCGUCGUUCGACUCCGACGAAUUCCAGUCCACGCACAACUGGAUGGCGCCCGAAAGCACACAUCUGCACGAUAAAGUGGAACUCUUGAGGAAGAUCGAUGAAGUGAGAGACCAUCUUGCAAAGUUCUGCGUCGCGGAUGCUGCUCAAGCCAGAAAUGCCACCUUCCCAAGGAGGCAUUUCUCCGAACAACAAGCCUACUGUUCCUGCUCCCGCUGUCUGCAAGGGCGUCGACCGCACGCGGCAAGUGUCCAUGACCUGCAUUCGCGUUCUUCGAGGUCCGGAAGUCUGCACAAGCACGACGGCCAUGAGGCGGAGAGGUCUGGUCCGAAAGACAAGCCGAAGCGCCAUUGUCGGCCCGUCUCGGGAGCUUCGCCCUUCGUCAUCUGCGACAAGUGCACCAAGUUGCUCCAACUCCCAGCAGACUUCCUCGUAUCGAGAAGGCGGGCGCAUAAGCUGCAGUGCGGUGGCUGCCAUGAAGUUCUCAGUUUGCCGUUUCCUGCCAUGGCUCGAGCUCAUCCUGAGGUGGAGAGGCACAACGAGGCAGAAUUGGGAAGGGACGCGAACUCCAUAGCGGCUCCACGGCUUCACCGGCUCAUGGGGUAUCAGUCCGCCAGCGAUCUGCUGUACGAGCAACACGAAGACACAUCAACCGUGCCGCAUUCCUUUAGGGCUUCGGAGGCAGGCCGUGCCGGCAGUGAGUUUACAGGAAGAGGAAGCAGCUCUCCGUACCACGAGGAAGGCGAAUCAUCAAGAAGAACCAGAAGAGCCGCCGGACUGCCUCGUCCCGGAAUGCGGAGAGACGACACGGGGAAUCAAAUCCGAAGCAAAGAUUGAGAACAGAUUCGUUGACUAUUUCGAUUCAACCACCGUGUAAUUGGGGUUGACUAAGACAGAUGGGAAGCAGCUGCUCUUCGUUUUUUACCUUAAUUUGAGUGGUUUGACUAGCGGUUGUGAAAUGUAAGACAUAUAUAUCGCUGAUGGACGAUGUCAAUGAAUUAUUUGAUUGCUGCAA